AUGGCCCUGGGGCUCCUGGGGCUGCCGCCGCCGCCGCCGAUCCGCAGCUCGCCUCCGGGGCCCGACCAUGGGGCUGAAGCGGCGAGCGGCGGCGACCCCGAGCAGGGCUCGCUGGCCCUGGGCGCCGGCGGCGACCGCGACGGGACUCUGCUGCUGGAGGGCGGCGGGAAGGAGGAGGGCGGCAAGCGGAGCCCGCCGGGGCUGGGGCUGCUGGCGAAGACCCCCCUGAGCCGCCCGGUGAAGCGGAACCACGCCAGGUACCGCCGCAUCCAAACUUUGAUCUACGACGCCCUGGAACGACCCCGCGGCUGGGCGCUGCUCUAUCACGCCUUCGUGUUUCUGAUUGUCUUGGGGUGUUUGAUCUUAGCUGUCCUGACAACUUUCAAGGAGUAUGAAACUGUUUCGGGAGACUGGCUCCUCUUGCUGGAAACUUUUGCCAUUUUCAUCUUUGGAGCAGAGUUUGCCUUAAGAAUCUGGGCUGCUGGCUGUUGCUGUCGCUACAAAGGAUGGAGGGGGAGACUCAAAUUUGCCAGGAAGCCUUUGUGCAUGCUGGAUAUCUUUGUGCUGAUUGCUUCAGUGCCAGUGGUUGCUGUUGGGAACCAGGGCAAUGUUCUGGCCACGUCUCUCAGAAGCCUCCGCUUCCUUCAGAUCCUACGGAUGCUCCGAAUGGACAGGCGGGGCGGCACCUGGAAACUUUUAGGAUCAGCUAUUUGUGCACAUAGCAAAGAACUCAUCACUGCUUGGUACAUUGGGUUCUUGACGCUCAUCUUAUCCUCGUUUCUUGUUUAUCUGGUUGAAAAAGAUGUUCCUGAAAAAGAUGCUAAUGGAGUGGAGAUGAAAGAAGAGUUUGAAACCUAUGCAGAUGCACUGUGGUGGGGGCUGAUCACCCUGGCUACGAUUGGGUACGGCGACAAGACCCCCAAAACAUGGGAGGGACGGCUGAUUGCAGCUACCUUCUCUCUCAUUGGAGUGUCUUUCUUUGCUCUUCCUGCAGGCAUUCUGGGCUCAGGGCUGGCACUGAAGGUCCAGGAGCAACAUCGUCAAAAACAUUUUGAGAAAAGAAGAAAGCCAGCAGCUGAACUCAUUCAGGCUGCCUGGAGAUACUAUGCUACUAACCCCAACAGGAUUGAUUUAGUUGCUACCUGGAGGUUUUAUGAAUCAAUUGUAUCAUUUCCAUUUUUCAGGAAAGAGCAAUUGGAUGGUACUGCCAGUAAUGUCAUGUUUAGUAGGGAGUCAUUCUUUGGAUCAAGCCUCACAAGAAAACUUAGCCAAAAGCUGGGUCUCUUGGAUCGGGUUCGUGGUACCAAUACUAAAGGAAAGCUAUUUACCCCUCUGAAUGUAGAUGCCAUUGAAGAAAGUCCUUCAAAAGAACCUAAGAAUGUUGUCUUGAAUAAUAAGGAGCGUUUUCGCACUGCAUUCCGAAUGAAAGCGUACGCUUUUUGGCAAAGCUCAGAAGAUGCAGGAACAGGGGAACCCAUGGCAGAAGACAGAGGCGACAGUAAUGAUUUUCUUAUGGAAGAUAUGAUCCCCACAUUCAAGACAGCCAUCCGAGCUGUCAGAAUACUACAGUUUCGUCUCUAUAAAAAAAAAUUCAAGGAGACUUUGAGGCCUUAUGAUGUAAAGGAUGUGAUAGAGCAAUACUCAGCAGGGCAUCUUGAUAUGCUUUCCAGAAUAAAAUACCUUCAGGCAAGAGUAGAUAUGAUUUUUACACCUGGACCUCCAUCUACUCCCAAGCAUAAGAAAUCCCAAAAAGGAGGAGCUUUUUCUUACCCUUCACAACAGUCUCCCAGAAAUGAUCCGUAUGUAGCCAAAGCAUCUACAGCAGACACUGAAGACCAAAGUAUGAUGGGCAAAUUUGUCAAAGUUGAACGACAGGUAAAUGACAUGGGGAAGAAACUGGAUUUUCUUGUUGAUAUGCAUAUGCAUCAUAUGGAACAGCUGCAAAUACAAGUCGCCGAGAUAAGUCCAUUGAAAGAAACUGCUUCUCCUGCAAGGGAGAAGAGAGAAGAAAACAAAUAUUCUGAAUUAAAAACAAUAAUAUAUAAAUACACUGAGCAGUGUGCUCGUGAAACUCCUUACAAUUUCCAGCAGGUUCCAGUCAACAAAGUCAGUCCUUAUGGUUUCUCAGCUCGAGGUCAUACGACUCAUUCACAACCUUUAUCAACAGGUGGGCAAAACUCUGGCAAACUGCAAGCCACACCUUCCUCAACUUCGUAUGCAGAAAGGCCAACAGUUCUGCCUAUAUUCACGCUGAUGGACUCCCAGGUUAGCUACCACUCCCAAGGAGACCUACAAAGCCCUUACUCAGACAAGGUGUCUCCAAGGCAGAGAAGGAGCCUAACAAGAGACAGUGACACUCCAUUGUCCCUUCUCUCAGUCAACCAUGAGGAACUCGAGCGCUCCCCAAGUGGCUUCAGUAUCUCCCAGGAGAGAGACGACUUCCCGUUUGGCCCCAAUGGGGGAUCGGCGUGGAUGAGAGAGAAACGCUACCUAGCAGAGGGGGAGACAGACACAGACACAGACCCUUUCACACCAAGUGGCUCCAUGCCUUUGUCUUCUACAGGAGAUGGGAUUUCAGAUUCAAUAUGGACCCCUUCGAACAAGCCAGUCUAAAAGUGCGUGUGGGGGCAGUCACUGGUUGACUUCUCCAUGUAAUGUAAGCAUACUUUGUAUAUCUCACUUACUCUACACCCAAAGCUUACUAGUUCCAAACACCAAUGGCUGCAUAAGAUGCAUGUGAUAUUAGUGGUAGUCAUUCUGCACCAUUUCAUACGAUUUAAUAAUGCAGUUUUUUUCAUGCUACCAAAACUAAGGAGCUUAGUUUUGAGCAUGGUUUGCAUGACUUUACCCUGUAUAAAUGGUACAGCUGAUUUCUUCUAUGAUACAUAUCUAUCUGAUACUCUUCAAUACAACAAUGGUGAAUUGAUAACAGGCAAGAUAUGGUGGUCCUUGCUAUAUUUUGUAAACAGAGCAGCAAAGUAAAAAUAUUUUCAGGAGCAAUA